CGCGGCUCAGCCCCAGAAGUAGCCAGCCUCACCUCCCCGGGACAGGUAAUCUGAGAGCGCACCGGAGGCUUCUAGAGGCGAGGAGCGGGGAAGAAGACAGGGACGGUCGGGGCCGCACGCACGGAGCCGUGGCUGCAGGCGAGCGGAGAGAAGAAUCUGGGAGAUGCUUGGGGCUCAUCGAGGGUCUCUGCGUGGGACUGCAAAGUGCGGGCCAGUCGAGGGCGUGCCGGCCCCUCCGGGUCUCAGAGGUUGCGUAUGUACAGUGGCGGAUUUCGUCCCGACGUUGCUGUGCGGAUUUAGCCCGUGUGAAGGGAUCGCCUCCAGUUAAAGCUCAGCGCAGGCCUCCCGCUCUCUUGCCGGAGUCGGAGCCGAGGCCAGGGGCCGGGGCUGGGGCACCGGGGGCCAGCUCCACCCGCAGGUGCUGGGACAGCAUCUCAGGGAUCCAGGACGUCGACCCAGCCCACUCUGAGCCGCAGCCUCUGUCAGUCUCUCGGCCCCUCGAGCGUGCGUGGCCCGUGAGGGAUCCUACCCGUCCCCCGUCCCCCCCCCCCCCACGAGUCCGCCGCCUUCGAGACCGCAGAGAGGCAAGCUGCGCACUGCUCAUCCUUCGGGAUUCGGAGACCCGAGGAAACGGUGUAGGUCAGGUCAGGCGGGCGGAGGCGCCGUCUCUUUUGGCCCUUCCGAGGCGCCGUAAAGGGAGUCCGGUGCGUCCCUAGCAACCGUUAGCGCGGGCUUCUCUGCUCGAGUUCGUCGAGUCCCGCCCACAGGCUCUCGUGGUUGGCUCGUAGAGCCUGUCAAUCGGCACGAGUCGUUCUGCGAUUGGCCGGUGGGGCCUGAGGCGAGGAUCCGCUCCUUCUGGGCUGGUGAAGCGAACUUGGCUGGGUGACCCUGACAGACCCCGGGUGAGAUACCUACGUUGGGGAGAGAGGGCCCGAGAUCCGCGGACUCCUGGCGGGGCCCAUGGACCAGCAGCACCUGAGCCCUGCGUUCUCUCCGUGGGGCUCCGGCCGGUGGUGACCUGCUGCCGCCUUGCCGCCGUUUUCGGCGCCCUGGCCCUGGGACUCGGCCGGGGCCCAACCCCAUCGGCUCGCUGUCCACCUCCGAGUUGGCUGCGAGUGUUUUGUUUACCUCGUGUUGCCUGUUCUCCCCCUGGAUGGCGAGUCCGAGGGACCAGGGUCCGCCUCCUGCUCUCAGCUGCUCUACAGCGCCGAGGACGGUGCCUGCCAGCCGCUCCCGAUGGAGGACAGAAUGGAAGCCGCAGUGGAGGACGGAGGCUCCGCUCAGAGCCCUGCGGCGCUGACCACCUCCGAGCCCCGAAGGGCCUCGCUCUCGGCGCACAGACACCUGAGCAGAAGGAAUGGGCUUGCGAAGCUCUGCCAGAGCAGGAUGGCCCUCUCAGAAGGCAGGUGGAGCUCCUACUGCCCGUCGUCGCUGGCAGCCCCGAGCGUGUGUGCGAGCAGGUGGCACUGCCUGGCCGCACCAGAGCAGACGGAGGCGGCCGGGCCCCUCGGUGGGGCGUCCUGCUGUUCCCUGCUGCAGGGCUUGUCCUUGGGGCGGUCCAUGCCCCUGCUCCCGGCCCCUGUGUGCAACCCCAACAAGGCCGUUUUCACUGUGGACGCCAAGACCACGGAGAUCUUGGUGGUCAACGACAAGGCUUGCCAGCUUCUGGGGUACAGCAGCCCUGACCUGAUCAGCCAGAAGCUCACACGGUUCUUCCUGAAGCCAGAUUCCGACGUGGUGAAGGCCCUCAGCGAAGAGCACGUGGAGGCUGAUGGCCACGCCACUGUCGUGUUUGGCACAGUGGUGGACAUCGUGAGCCGCAGCGGGGAGAAGAUUCCAGUUUCCGUGUGGAUGAAGAAGGUGCCGCGGGAGUGCAGCCUCUGCUGUGUGGUCGUGCUGGAGCCCGUGGAGCGCGUCUCGGCCUGGGUCGCUUUCCAGAGCGACGGCAGCAUCACGUCGUGCGACAGUCUCUUUGCUCUCCUGCACGGGUUCGCGUCCGGGGAGGAGGUGGUCGGAUGCCACAUCGCAGACCUCAUCCCUUCCGUGCAGCUCCCUCCGCCAGGCGAGCCCGUCCCGCAGAAUCUCAAGAUUCAGAGGUCUGUCGGGAGAGCCAAAGAUGGCACCACCUUCCCUCUGAGCUUAAAACUGAAGUCUGAGCCCAGUAGCAAGCUGGUGGAAGACGGCAGGGCCGUGGCCGCUCGGGGCUACUCGGCGUCCAUCUGGGUGUUCUCCACCAUCAGUGGCCUCAUCACCCUCCAACCCGACGGGACCAUUUACGGCAUCAACCACAACUUUGCCCUGAUGCUGUUCGGUUACGGGAAGACCGAGCUCCUGGGCAAGAAUAUCACUUUCCUGAUUCCUGGUUUCUACGACUACAUGGACCUUGCAUAUGAUGGUUCCUUAGCACUGCCAGACCUGACCCACUGCUUGGACAUAGGCAGCCAGAGUGAGCCUGGAGAGACCCCUGUGGCCCCCCAGGGCUGGGACCCAGCCAGCAAGACUGCGGGUCGGCCUGGCCUCGGCCUCGCAGAUCCCGGGGUUAACCGCACGCUUGUUGGAGACCACGAACUGCCACCAAGUGAGACCCUAGAGCUGGAGGGAAGCCAAGAAGCCCUCGCCAGGACUGGGGCCCAAGCAGACCGUGGAGGCCACCUCCCUUGCGCCCUCCCGCCUCCACCUGCUCCACGAAUGGACAACAUCCCAGAGGGAAGCCCGUCAGCCCACAGUGCACAGUCAUUGCCUGAGAACCAGCAAGACCUCCCAGAAGGAUGCCCACCAGCCAAGGAACGGUCAUUGCCUGAGGGCCAGUGGGACAUCCCAGAAGGAAGUCCAGCACCCCUCAGUGAAAAGUCACUGUCCAAGGACCAGCAGAAUGACCCAGAAAGAAGCCCGACAACCCAGGAAUACCCACUGCCUGAGGACCAAUGGAGCAUCGCAAAAGGAUGCCCGCCAGGCGCCCAGCAGGAGGCUGUCCUGGAGAAGAGGGGGCGUGCAGCCCCAGAGAGACUCAUGUGGGACCUUGAGGGAAGAAGCCUGUCUGGCCCCGGGGACACAUGGACGUUUGCUUCACGCAAAGACUCUGAGGCCCCCGCUCCAGCAGAGGGCGGGAGCAGGAGUGCUGGCGUGUGCCCGGAGGCGCAGCAGCCGGAGCGGACAGGCGUGAGCAGCGCCAGCAGUUCAAACCGCCGGGCUGAUUCCGUGGUGCCCGCGUCCCGUGCGGCAGGCCCGCCAGUGGGAGAGAGCCUCCUGCCGUGCUGCCCCAGGCACCGGGGUGAGCAGAGCACGCAGCCGGGAAGCCCCACCCGGGCAGCGCCGCUCUGGCUCCGGAAGCCCGGGCUGGAUGAGCUGCGGGCAGGGGAGACUGACCGGGAGGAGCUGCGGGCCUGCCUGAUCAAGGAGCCGCUGUCCAGGUGGAGCUUCGUGGGGCCGCCGGGCAUCCCUGACACCGAGCACCCCCCGUUCUCUGGCCCCGUGUCGCUGUGGGACCCAGGGGCUAGAGGCGUGUGCGGCCGUGCGGGCAGCUCCGCGGCCUACUACGCCCUGGCCACAGACCUCCCUGGCGUCCUGGAUGCGGUGCAGGCCCAGGAGGCCGAUGGCAGUUCAUUUUCCUGGAAUCUCAAGGAACUCUUUUUUGGUGAACGGACAGACCAAACAUCCUCACACCGUUCCCGUGCCCUGGCAGAGCUUGUGGGGACACCCUCCCCUGCGCUGGUGGCCUCGGACACGAGUGGUCUGCAUGGGCGCGGGCCACAAGUCCCAGAUGACAGAGAGCUGCUGCUCCUGACGGGCACUUACCUGCAUCUCAGUGAGGUUCAGUCUCAUGGGAGCCGAGCCGCGCCCUCUGACACUUGUCUGGGGUCCUCAGGACACUGCGAAGGGAGUGGCAGACACAGCCCAGCCUGCGUCCUUCCUGUGGAUGCGUGCCCGUCGCCGGGAGCUGGCCCCCUGGACGCGUGCCCGUUGGAGGAGCCCAGGCUGAGCUUUCAGGUCACCUCCACGCCUGUGAGAGAGGACAGCCCAGCGACGCCCGGGGCCCCUCUACAGCACGAGAUCCGGGAGGGCACCUAUGCUGGCAGCUGCUACCACCGAGACGGCUCGUGGCUGAGUGUGCAGUUUGAGGUGAAGCAGGUGGCGCUCCAGGGCUCUGCCACCCUGUUCUGCUGCUGGCUCGUGAAAGACCUGCUCCACGGCCUCCGGGCCUCGGCCUCGAGGGCCCGCCUGCUCCUGGCCAGCCUGCCCAGCUCCAGCCACUCCGUGUGUGAGCUUUCUGGAGCCAGCGUGGGGGAGGUGCUCAGGAGCAAGCCGUGGUUCGAGGAGCCCCCGAGGGCUGGGGAGCUGGAGGGGCUGGCGGCCUGCGAGGGCGCGUACUCCCGCAAGUACAGGACGCAGAGCCCGCUGGGCAGCGGGGCCUUCGGCUUCGUGUGGACCGCGGUGGACAGGGAGGCCAACAAGGAGGUGGUGGUGAAGUUUAUUAAGAAGGAGAAGGUAUUGGAGGAUUGUUGGAUUGAGGAUCCCAAACUUGGAAAAGUUACCUUGGAGAUUGCAAUUCUGUCCAGGGUGGACCAUGCCAACAUCAUCAAGGUCAUGGACAUAUUUGAAAACGAAGGCUUCUUCCAGCUGGUGAUGGAGAAGCACGGCUCUGGCCUGGACCUCUUCGCCUUCAUCGACUGCCAUCCCAGCCUGGACGAGCCCCUGGCGAGUUACAUCUUCCGACAGCUGGUGUCGGCGGUGGGCUACCUGCGCUCCAAGAACAUCAUCCACCGCGACAUCAAGGACGAGAACAUCGUGAUCGCGGAGGACUUUACCAUCAAGCUGAUCGACUUCGGCUCCGCCGCCUACCUGGAGAAGGACAGGCUGUUUCACACCUUCUGCGGGACCAUUGAGUACUGUGCGCCGGAGGUGCUCAUGGGAAACCCGUACAAGGGGCCGGAGCUGGAGAUGUGGUCGCUGGGGGUCACGCUGUACACGCUGAUCUUUGAGGAGAACCCUUUCUGUGAGCUGGAGGAGACCAUGGAGGCCGUGAUCCGCCCGCCCUACCUGGUGUCUGAAGAUCUCAUGAACCUCGUGUCUGGGCUGCUGCAGCCUGUCCCCGAACAGCGCACCACCUUGGAGAAGCUGGUGACAGACCCCUGGGUGACACAGCCUGUGAACCUUGCUGACUACACCUGGGAUGAGGUGUGUCCAGUGAACAAGCCAGGUGAGCGGCACGGCCCGUGUGCCAGGAAGGUAAGGAGCUUCCCCAGGCUGCCUUCAGGGUCCGAGGACGCCCCUCCUCCAUGCCAUCCUGGACACACGGUUCUGUUCCAGAGGCCCCCGAACACCACCAGGGCCUUAGAAGGUGGGUGAGCACCCAGGGGAGCCCCUGACAAGGAGGCACCCACAGAAGGGUUGGAGGCAGAGGACUAGUGGCGGCCUGAGCCAGCUGAGGGGAGGGCGGGCUGCAGGUGGUGCAAGUGGGCUGCUCUGAGGGCACCCGGGAGCCCUGGCUCUUCAGGUGAGGCUUCUGGCUGCACAGCUGCCCGUGCGUCUGGUCACCACUGCUCGGAGCGGGCAGACCACGCGUGUGCUGGCAGCCCUGGGCAUAGAAUGCGGGCAGCACUCCGACGGGGGCUGGCACUCGAGCAGCGCCAGGCCGGCUCUGAAGGCCUCUGAUGUCUCUUGGUGCUGGGAGUCACAUUGGAGAGAAGCAAGUGUCCUAGAAUCUUGUGUCUCCCUUUUCCUUCAGAAAGCGGAGUUUUGUUGGCGCCGAGUCUGGAGAUGGAGAGCAGGUGCAUGAGGGACGUGGCCCCAGAGCCACGCUGGGCCUCAUGCCCCGGGGG